AUGAGCAGGGCAACCGUACGGUUGGCACAAAGGCACUUCCAGCACCAAUACCUCUUUGACACCUCUCUUGGAGCGGAGUAUGCCACGCAGAAUAUCAGGGUGACAACGCUGAGAUUACCCCGCGACAGCAGAGAAGCCAUAGCUCUUACCCAGAUAAGACUGUCCCUGCCUCAAGCCAAGAAGAUUCUGGCGAAACAGGCCAAGGCGAAGAGAUCAAGCUACGGCAUCGUCGACGCUGAAAGCUCAAAGGACAAUGAUGAUUUCGAUAAUGACUACGCAUCACUCAGCCUCGUCACACUCAACAUCCGAUUCCCCGUCACAACCCAGGAGCCUCAGCUCAUUCAGCAACCCAUUGAAGGGGCCACCCUUUAUCCUUGGGUUGCCGUCGAAUUGAAUCCUUCAGAUGGUCAUGUUGAGAAUCCCUUCUUAGCCAGCAUGAACCCCGAGCAAAUGCACCGUCUGCACCGACGGAUUAGGUUGUGGGAGGAGGAAGUUCUUAGGCAGAGCCUGCGAUUUCUCAGUGGAAGCAAGAAGUUCAGAUCACUGCCAAGACAACUCGAGUCUGUCGGUGAGGGUCAUCCCGACAAGAUCGCCGAUCAGGUCUUUAAUGCCUUCCCUCGACUCCUGCUCCGGAGACGAUACUUUGGCGGCUACGUUAUGUCUCCUGGCCAAGUUGCGCAAUUCGAGCGUGUCGCCAAGGAGUGCCAAUACGAGCGCAAAUACCGCAAGCCGCACACAACUUCAUCUGGAGUUGACCUCAAGUGGUUCGAAUUCCGGGACGAGCGAACGACGAGACCGCAGAAAGACAUGAUUAUGAAUGCAAUGCAUUUCAAUGGAAUGGAGAGGACGGACGCCGAUAUGUCAUGCGAGAAGGUUGGAAGCGAUACUUGGGUAGCGCUUCAUGACGGGGCGUCCCUCAAGCUGGCUCGUGAGCAGCCUAUUCCUCCCGCAAGUCCCAUCCGGGAUCUCAUGUUCAAGGUCGCUUGCGAGACCGCCACCAAGGCCGCCCAAACGGUCAUGGUUGCUGGAAGCUCCCAGGACACCGAAGAUCUCAAAGAGCUUGACUGUAUCUCCUGGUCAAGUUGCGGUACUUGCGCUCGUAUUGCCAAAGAGUGCCAAUACGAGCGCAAGUACCGCAAGCCGCAUACAAAUGUAUCAGAAGUCGACCUCAAGCAGUUCGAGUUCCAAGACGAGCAGCCCAUUUCUCCCGCAACUGUUUUCUUUUUGUUGGUCCGCACGUCAGCAGGGGAACCCUUCGGUCGGCACGAAGGGUCAAUGAAAGUGGUUUCUAUUGUUUCGUACGGGAGUGGAAGGAGAAGGAAGUGGACAGGGCCCACGAUUCCUACAUUUGGUGUGGCUAGUGUCGGGCAUCAAAGAGGCACGCUCCCCUACAACGAAAAGUACGCACGCAACCGAAAGCAAGAGACAAACAGCUACAAACUUCCGACACGCCCCAUAUUAUUCUCAUCAUUAAUCUUCUUCAAGGCAUUGUGA